CCAUCGGGGCGGGAGAGUGGGCCGCUGUGCCCGGUCCGAGGGGCAGAGAGGUGACGGUAACCGCCUUCCCAUUUCCGCCCAGGCGUGCAGGCGAGUGCGGGCCAGCCGAGGCACUCGGGUAGCCGAGGCGCUGGGUCCUCCCUCCGCCCGCCCGCGCGGGGGGCCGGCCUUGCCUCGCCGGCGCCUUUUUCCCCGGCCCCGCAGCGCCGCUCCGCCACUCGGGCACCGCAGGUAGGGCAGGAGGCUGGAGCGCCUGCUGCCCGCCGCUGCCGCCCGUAAAAUGGUCACCUCGGCUGGACAGCUCGCCCUGCUCGCGCUGGGAGACCUUGCUCGCAGAGGGAGAAUUGGAGGCCAUCGAAAUUCCCAAGAGGCAACAGAUGUGGCCUGUAGAACAGAGGUUCCAGCUUCGAUGCCAGACCUGCUGAAUCUGUCGUUUGGACUCAUUUCGGAGGCUGUAACUGGUCUUGUGUUGGCUGUGUGUCAGGCGCUGGAGAACACUACAUCUGCCUUGAGUGCAAAUCCACCUAUGGCUGCAGCUGUCGUGUCCUACUUUAAUGAUUGCCCGGAUUCCCACAGUCAGUUCUGCUUCCAUGGAACCUGCAGGUUUUUGGUGCAGGAGGACAAGCCAGCAUGUGUCUGCCACUCUGGGUAUGUCGGAGCACGCUGUGAGCAUGCAGACCUCCUGGCCGUGGUGGCCGCCAGCCAGAAGAAGCAGGCCAUCACCGCCUUAGUGGUGGUUUCCGUCGUGGCCCUGGCUGGCCUCAUCAUCACGUGUGUGCUGAUACACUGCUGCCAGGUCCGAAAAUACUGUGAGUGGUGCCGGGCCCUCAUCUGCCGGCACGAGAAGCCCAGUGCCCUCCUGAAAGGAAGGCCUGCUUGCUGCCACUCAGAAACAGUGGUCUGAAGAGCCCAGAGGAGGAAUUUGGCCAAGUGACUGGGGCAGCCCUAAUGAAGAAUGGACUUCUUCUGGACAGCCCAGCAAGGGAUGCCUGGGACGUGCUGACAGACCUUCCUACUCUGCCGGCAAUCACCUGUGCAGCCUUUUGUCUUGUGUGGGCCUUCCUUCAAAACUCUGUCAAGAACCUGUCUGCUUGGGGUUAUUCAGUGUGACCUAGAAAAGAAUUCAGUGGAUCACAGUUUAAAGGCUGGUCAAAAAAGAACUGCAAGGGGUGGACUUCCCGUUUACCUAUACAAGAUGUGUGUGUCAGUCAGCCUCUGAGUCCAGGAGUUGUUGUCUUCUACCAUUCAUGGAUGCCAGGCUGUGUUUCAAUGGACCCACAACAGCAUGCAUCCUGCCCAACACCGGAGAUUCCUAUAGUUGUUACAGUUUUUUCUCAUCCAUUUAUUGGGGAAGAAGGUGGAGAAAGGGUAACUGCUUAUUGUUAUGGGAGGAUGCCAAGUUUAAGAAGAGCUGCGUCUGUCCUCUGUCCAGUAGACCCUCAACCAGCCCAACGUCCUCCACAGACACAGGAUAUUGAGGACCUUCCCAAGUCACCACCACCCUUGGAGAUAACUUCUUAUUUAUUAGCUGGAUGAUGUUUUUAUUUUUAAUCUCUCAAGUCAAUGUAAAAAGCAUAAAAACUUUUAGACUUCUACAUUAAUGAUGGAUGUCUUGCUGGCUGCAGAGUUAUACCAAUUAAAAAUGUCAGGCCUCUUUGGGACAGCUAAGGCUUAGGAAAAGCUACCCAGAAGGUACAGAGAUGGAAGCAGAGGUUGAUUUGCUGAUGGGGUUCAGACAUUGUGCCAUUUAAGACACAAAGCCGGUAAAUGCCCCUGGGUACAUUCUGUGGAAAGGUUAGCCAAUCCAGCAGCGUAGAUGUGUCAUCUCAGUCAGGGAGAGAGGAAGAAUGCUCCUGUGUGUGGGUCUGCACGGGUUAAACACAAGACUUGCUACACUGCUCAAAGACUAACAUGAGCCCUCCGAGAGCCACGGGCAUUUGGGGCCACAUUCAUGAAAGGGGGACUGGGCAUUUAUUUUCCAUUUUGUCACUUGGUUGAUUUGUUACUUCAUUUUUAAAAGGAAAAAUUUAACUUUUCUAUUGUUAAGCAUGAGGAGAAAUAUUUCAAUGAUUUGUUUUCAUCCGGAAUGCUGGUUUUAUUAACAAAAACUCUAACAAGCCAUGUCUACUGUGAGAGUCUCACUUUCCCCUCAGAAAAGGGCGGAAUAGUUCUCCUGGGCAUUAGGGUACAUUCUGACCCACUGGCCUGCCUGUGGGAAGCACUGCUUCCCUCCUGCCAAUUAGUGGGGGGGGGGUUCAUCCCUAGGAAUUUUCAUUAGAAUUCGGGAACUGAAUAACAAUGAAAUAACGUACAAACUCCUUACAUGAAGAAAGUCUUCUUCACUAAUAUUCAGAAAAAUGAAAGAUUUCUACCAAUUAACCCUUCAGCGCGUUGAGCUCCUCACAUCCUGAAAGUGACCAGUUGAUUUUGUCUUCCCCUAAUUCUUCUUCCCCAGUCUGUCUAUUUCAAUGAAUCUUCUCUUCCUUUCUUACAGUUGAGACAAUUAUAUGACCCAUGUCUUAACUUCGGCACUUUCAUUGAAUCAUGGUACACCCAAAGCACUGAGAGCAGAAAUAGGAUCUGUUUACCAGUUGGCCCCUAACCAUGUAAUUGACACAGCUCACAGGUUUUAAUUAUAAAAGAAAAUAAGUCUAAGUUUGCAUUCCUUGGGCCAGUCCUACAGAUAUGUGGGCUGAAGCUGGUAUAUGUAGCAUCUCGCUCAGAGACCAAUCCAGUUGAUUCCAGCUUAUAGACCCCAGUGUGCACUCACUUUUCCCCUCAGCCUCUGACAGUUUGAAUGAUCUAAAGAGACUAAUGGAAGUGGAGUAGUGUUACUUGUUAACUUGAGGUCACAUUUUUUUCUGUAGGAUGAUCUUUCCCCAGUCUUUUAGAGACUCUUUGAGGUCUGGUUGCCUUUAAAAGGUUUGGAUUGACGUGAAAAUGUUUGUGAGGCUUUCUUCGCUAGUGAAUGGAAGGAUUGGUAUCUGGUCUUUAGGCUUCCAAGAGCUUUUGCAGAGGUGUGAGAAGACACGGAUGGAAGUGGAGGGAACCUUCUUGCUCCCCUGUAGGGUCUUUGAGUUUAGUGUCUGUGAAUGUCCUGGUCCUCAGAUCCAAGAAGUCACAGCUGCCAGCGCCCCUUCCUUGUGCCUGUACAAGCAUGCAAUGAACAGGCUCGAAUGGGCGCUUCCCUAGACAUGCCUCUGGGGUCAGUCCUCUGCAAACCAGGCCUAAAAAGAGUUGGAGCCGAGUUCAGGGUCAAUGCAGGCCUGGUUGGACCUUUGUCCACUUCCCAGGAUAUGACACAGCCUUACUUCUUUAGGUAAUUUCUAGAAAUCAGAUGGCCAACAAGCUUUGGAUCCCUGAGCCAUUUUAUGGCAUUGAUACCUCUUUGGUUAACUGUAAAAUGCCCCCAUUUCAGGAUAAAAAUGUAUCUUCUAAUCCAUCUCUGCGGGUUCCUUGUGUUUCCUUGCUUUUUAGAAAGCCAAGUGUUCAUAAUGAUCAGAGAAUCAUUCCCAAGACCUGACCUGAUAGGUAGCCACACUCCUGGGAGUGGGAAGCACAGCUGUUUCCAUGUCUCCCUCAGGAAAAAUGAGGAGACUCCAUUUUUAAAAGGGGAGGAGAUGCUUCCAUAUCUUUUAUGGAACCUGCUCUACAAGCCAUAACUUCAAGCAUAUUAGCAGAAAACAUUGUCCUCUAGAUUGAAGACAUACAGCAGCCAAUCCUGAUCUGGAAAACAUGUCCAGACACAUGUGGAAAAAACAAGCUAUGAGCUUGCCAUUGUGUUCCAGCAGAGGAGGUGGGCAGAAUGCCCCCCAAGUCUAUUUUCCUGAGAAAGGAGGAGGAGGUAGGAUUGACACACCCCCACCCACUUUGGUGAGGGAAGGGAGAGUGUGGUUCUAGAGCUUCUUGGGAGACUAUUCUCUACAAGUAGAAGUGUCUGGCAUCUCCAACCAGGUCUUCCAGGGCCAGGUUGUCUCUGCACAUGGGCUACUGGUGUUUUUCCAGGCAAUUUUGGCAAGAAUGGGUCAACCAGACUCCGACACUGCUCAGGGGACCCUGACCCUUUUAGUAGGAUCUUGGCUUUGGUUUUUCCCAACCUGCUCAGUAAAGAGGGGUAGGGGGGAUGAUUCAAAAGCCCAGGACCAUGGGGGACAUCACAGAAACAGAUAAACACCUAUGUUUGCUCUUAAUGUUCUAACAUAAGACCUAUAUUCUGUAGCCACUGAUUUUUACCAGACUCUCUGAAAGAUCCCGUGGUAAGCACACACACAGUACUGAAAAGCGACCCCUCUUUCUUAUGUAAUAACUGACUGAAGUGUUCAACUUUUCAUUCUCUUUAUUAUACAAACCUGAUGCUUUUUUUUUUUUUAGAACUUGUUACUCAGACUUCUGUAUAUGUUGCACUGAAAAGGUUAAUAUUUAAUGUUUUAAUUUAUUUUGUGUGGUAAGUUAAUUUUGAUUUCUGUAAUGCAUUAAUGUGAUUAGCCAUCUUUUCCUUAAUACCUGAAUUAUUUAAAGAGUAGUGAGCAAUAGAAAAUGCAGUUGCAUUUUUUCAUUGAUGUGCAUUGUUCCGUUGUACUGUACCUUGUUUGAAAAAAAAUGAAGGAAUGAACUUUUGUUUUCCUAAAUCAA